AUGCGUGCGGCCGCGGAAAGUGCCUCUCACACCUCAGCAGCAGGCGAUUCGUCGCCUGUUGUCGUGAUUCCUUCACGUGGUGAGUCACCACGUGCGACAGGUACAUCCGUUGCGUCUGCAGCGGGCACCUCGAGUCGUAAUCAAGUCGAGUAUGAGAUAGAGCUCACCUAUUCUGGCGAGUCGGAUGAUGCAUCCGACUCGAAUGCGACUCCUCACGCCUACGGAUCACCCGGGGCGGACGCUGAGUAUGCCAGGCUGACUGGCUCUGGUCAACGCGGCGGUAUCAUGACCGAGACCUUCGGAUCGAGUGAUUACUCCGAUGAGUAUCUGCCUCAUGCAAGUCCGUCUAACGAUAGUACGCGUGGGGAUGGUGAUGAUGCACCUAUACAUCACCACGAGAGAAGCAACUCGAGAGAUCGAGGUGUCACUGGUGUCAUUGCUCACGCUGGAACCAAUCAAGAGGCCAGGGACCGAAAUUUCCUGCGCCACGCUCCCCAAGUGGAGUCUCCGUGGAUGCCGUCAUCCAGAGAGUUGGACCGGUUGGUCGGCAUGACUACCGAACGGGAUCAAAUCCCGUUGUUCGAUUGCAGGAAGAUUUGCCCACCUGAUUCCAGCACGGAAACUAUCCGAGCUGAGGAAGAAUUAUUCAACGAUGCUUUUUUCAAGUAUUGGUGGUACAAUGGUAGCCGUGUUCAAGACGUUAAGGCCGUGGUGCAAGGCUGGAAUGCCCUCAUCCAUUUCAUCGAGCGCAUUGACCGUGAAGCCUGGCUCGGUAAACUCGAUGCAGCUCGCAUCAGGUUUGAGAAGUGCAACCCUGUCGGGGCGCGAUACAAGUUGCACCGGCAGUCAAGAGAGUCAGAAUUACAUCGUCUCUCGUGGAAUGAUUCGUGUUCAGGUUGCCUGAACAACUCGAAUCGUGCCCCUAGGGAGGCCUUCCUCCCUAGUGAUCUCUACUGGACGGCGCACAUCUAUUCUGAGAUGGCCGAAGGGAUUGACACUUUGGAAUCCGUGUACUCGCGUUCGGGAAGGUCGUUUUCCGACGGCCCUCCUUCGAACGCAGCGGGUGGGUCUGGUCGUAUUGCUCGACGUGACCCAAAACAUCAACUAUCAGCUGGGUACGAGGCUCCCAGUUGGCCAAAGCCGGUGGAUAGCCACGCCAGCAAACGAGGUAACUCUUUCGGACGCCAUUCUCAUCGCGGUGGUUCAAAAUACGCUUUAACAAAAAGCGUUCACCACCGCCAAAAUCCACCAAAGGAUGUGGUCGGAGCGUGA